AUGCGUCAGUGGCAUGUAUGUUUAUAUCCAACAUUUCAAUUAAUCUUAUGUUAUUUUGAAGCAACAUCAAAAUUUUAUACUAAUAUAGUACAAAGUUAUAUUUUGUUAGCGCUAAAUAUAUGUCGUAGUGCACAAAUUAUAUUUAAUCGAAAUGUUUUUAUAAAAAAUCCUCGUUUAAUUAUUUUAACUCAUCUUUUGAUUUAUAUAUUACCAGCACUUAAUAUCACGAUACAAAUUUUUUGUAAUUGGACUAUAUUGUUGCGUACAAAAGGCGAAUCUUGCGAUAUAGUAUACAGUUCUUUAACUAUAGAGAUAUUUAAUCUAUUCAUCAUCUAUAUUAUUCCAGUUGCUUUGAAUCUUAUUGUCAUUACAUUUUGUAUUCGUCAUGUAAGUUCAAUAAAAGGUAUUCAUAGUCAACAAAUAAUUAAUUUGCGUCGUAAACAUAAAAAAAAUCUUUUAAUCCGUACAAUAAUAUUUUAUUCAAUUUGGCUUGUAUUAUGGAGUCCAAAUAUACUUACGUUUCAAUUUAUUAAUGUUAAUACUGAACCUGGCAUUUUUAUUUCUUUACUCAAUUAUAUAGCAAUAAAAACUGAUCCAAUUUUUAUCACUGUACUUGACGUUCGUUUUUUUCAAACAUGGAAAAUAAUAUGGCAGAAAAUAAAAGAAUGUCGACGAAGAACUGUUGCUCCAGCAUGGCUAACAGCUUCUGAACGAAUCUAUUAA